CGUCAAGCUGAAGACGGAAAAUCGAGAGACUUUGUUUCUCUACCCGCGUUGAAUAUCUCGGUGUUCAGAAGCUUGAGAUACUUUGUUACGGAUCUGCGCUGUGUGUUGUGCGCUGCUGCGUCUGCCGGUCUACUCAGUGGGUGAAAUUGCGGCGAUGUGAAAAGGAAACUGUUUGUGUGUCGGUUUGACAGUGUCGUGGGAACUGCGCCGAAUCGACGAUAUUGUUUACGACUCUAAACGGCUUCUGCCUUUGCUAUUACAUAAGCAUUUCCAAUGCUGUAAGCUCCCGAGGCUUACCAGGACGUUAACGUUAGUUGAGUAGGCUACACGUCAUUUUCCUGAACUGGUAGGCCUGUUUAUAACAUAUCGUCUAAUAAAUGGCAUUUAACAGAACAUAUAUUAGUGUCAGCUAUGCCGUUUUCGGCAUGUUGGUUGGCUUGUCAGCAUUUGUGGUGUGGAAUGUCGUAUUCAAACAGCCAUGGACGGCGGCGAUGGGAGGGUUAUCAGGUGUGCUGGCGCUCUGGUGCAUGGUCACACACGUCAUGUACCUGCAGCACUACUGGCGCACCUGGCUGAAGGGGCUCAAGUUCUUCAUCUUCAUCAGCGCACUCUUCUCUCUGCUGGCUGUGGUGGCCUUCGCCGUCUUCCUCACUCUCGCCAUCACACAGAAGCAAGCCCCGACUGAUCCUACCAGUUUCUACCUGUCCUGUGUUUGGAGUUUCUUGACGCUGAAAUGGGCGUUCCUCCUGGGUCUCUACUCCCAUCGAUACCACCAAGAGUUUGCCGACAUCAGCAUCCUAAGUGACUUCUGAUUGGACGCUUCCCUGAAGAGAGGAGGAGUCUAGAAAGAGCGCUGGUGGCCGGGCUGAGCAGAGCUGAAGAUCCCAGAACUGAACUGAUCUGAACUGGACUUGGAGUUUGAGAACUUGGAGUUUGAGAACUGCCCCUUUGCUAGCACACCCCCCAUACGCAUUGGUCUGCCCCAAUCUGUUCUGACUACUGCCUCUUUGCUAGCGCCCCCCCUAUACGCAUUGGUCUGCCCCGAUCUGGUCUCCCUGCCCUUGGGACCUGCCGUCUUAGCAUUUGUUUCCAGUGGACCUGUGUCAGUGGAGGCCACCUCUUUUGCCAGUUGGAUGGUGUGUUGCACAUGCACAAGAACGCCAUAACCUGCUCCAUUGAAAAAAGAAAGACAUGUAAAGGUGUCAAAGUCAUAAUCUGAUGUAUUGAAAAGAGAGAAUGUAGAGGUGUCAAAUGCACUGCCUCCUGCUGGUCAUCAAGUGUAACUACUCCUGCCAUCAUGCCCCAGACUCCAUGAGUCCUGAGGAGGAAGUGUGAGGCUUUUAAAGAGCAGAGGAGAUUGGUGAACCAGUCAGGCGUUAGUGUUAAAGUGAUGCAGAACAAAGGCAAGGGCAGAGAUCCCAGUCAGGCGUUAGUGUUAAAGUGAUGCAGAACAAAGGCAAGGGCGGAGAUCCCAGCCCACUGAAAUGGAUUUGCUUUGACUUUUCCUGUGUGUUUUGCUGUUAGCGCUGGUGCUAAUAUGGAAUAUGGCGCUUUGACAACCGUUUUCUGAUCACAACACUAAAGAAUUCCUCAGUGCACCGAUAGGAAGAGAUCAUGAGUGUGUUUUGAUCUGGACUUGGGUGAAAUUCAGGUAAACUGGUGCCAGUUUUGUAUUUUUAUCACUGAAAGUCCACCAUACUAAAUCUCUAUAACAGCAAGAGUAUUGCACAAGAAAGUCUACACUUUAUGAAUUGCACACAUAACCAAUGUAUUGUUGCUCGGAAUUACUUCAGUCUAAUCUGUGAUGUCUUUGGCGGUGUUCGAUAUGUCGGUAUGUCUAUGGAGCAGGGAUGUGCAGGUGAGGGCUCAGGUGUGCUCACCUGUUUAAGGUCAGUGUGUAAGUACCAGAGGCCAGUGUAUGUAAACACUCCAGAUAAUGAUUUAAGUGGACCACAAUCAUCCAGACACGUGGAACAUGUUGCCUGACUUGUAUCAUGCUUUUCAUGUUAUUGCAAAACUGACAAGUGUGUUCUCUUGACAGAUGACUUUACGAUUAAGUGACAUUUAGCUGUUCAGUGCACUGUUUCCUAAUUUCAGCUGCAGUACCCUCAUGUUUAUAUGGCUUAAUUGUGUGUUUAGUGUAAUAUGAAAUGUUGAUUUUUUAGGCCAGUUGAAAAUAUUAGCUUUACAAGCACUCAUCCUCUGUGUCCUUAUAAAUUGUGCUGGGCAAUCAAGAAUAGUAUCACAGCUUCCUGUGUCCAUGUAUCUAUUUGUUCCUCUAUAUGUAGUACUGAACAGGGUCAACUUUUGUGUAUGUGUUGUGUUCACCUGCUCAAAGCAAGUUAUUAUUAGCAAAUGCAAAAAGAAAUGCAGUUGUAAUAUUGGUCAUAUGGAGUGUGGCUGAGGAUGUGUGUGUGUGUGUGUGUGUGUGUGUGUGUGAUGACUGUGUGGAAUUAAAGGAUGAUUCUAUUGGUUUUCAGAA